AUGGCCACUUGCCGUGUCACGUCUGCUGGCUGCCCGGAUCAUCCAUCCCUGGAGAGACGCUUCAGAGGCCACAAAGAUGCUAUCACUAGUGUGGACUUCAGUCUCAAUAAGAAACAAUUGGCAAGUGGCUCAGUGGACUCAAGCAUGACAGUCUGGAAUAUGAAGCCUCAGAUGAGAGCCUAUCGCUUUCUGGGCCAUGAAGACGCAGUGACAUGUGUUCAGUUUUCACCUUCUGGUCACCUGCUGGCGUCAGCCUCGAGAGACAAAACAGUCCGUUUGUGGAUUCCCAGCUUCAAAGGAACAUCUACUGUGCUCAAGGCUCAUACUGCAAUUGUAAGAUCUGUUAAUUUCUCCAGUGAUGGCUGGUACUUAGUAACAGCUUCUAAUGACAAAACAGUCAAAGUGUGGACAGUUCACAGGAAGAAGUUUCUCCUGUCGCUUAGUCAACACACAAACUGGGUUCGCUGUGCCAGAUUCUCUCCUGAUGGACAACUGAUAGUGUCAUCCAGCGAUGACAAAACCGUCAAGCUGUGGGAUAAGACCAGCAAAGAAUGCAUACACUCCUUCUAUGAGCCUGGUGGGUAUGUCAGGCACGUGGAUUUCCACCCCAGCGGCACGUGCAUUGCUACAGCUGGCACCAAUAAGGCAGUGAAUGUGUGGGACAUCAGGAUGAAUAGACUGCUUCAACAUUAUACAGUGCAUGCUGAUGAGGUAAACAGCCUUUCCUUUCAUCCCUCUGGAAAUUACCUGAUUACUGCUUCCAGUGAUUCAACUCUAAGAAUUCUGGACUUGCUGGAAGGAAUUCUUCUGUUUACUCUUCAUGGUCACCAGGGGCCAGCUACCUGUGUAGCAUUUUCCAGAACUGGAGACUUUUUUGCCUCUGGAGGUUCUGAUAAACAGGUGAUGUUGUGGAAGACUAACUUUGAUGCAGAUGAUGUGCUGAAAACACAGAAGAUGGGCACCGGUGUGGACAGGGCCUGUUGCACUCUGCAAUCAGAAACAGAUUGUGGUGCUCAUCUUAAGGAACCAAAACUUCAGGGUUCCAUUCCCAACAUCGUGUAA